CGGAAGUACGGACACGGAAGUACGGCUGGGUCCUGCAGCGCACUACACCCGGAAGUGAUUAUUGUUGCAGCCGGAGCAAACGAAGCGCUGUACACCCGGAAGUUCUGCUGAGCAAGAUCCUGCGAGGAGCUGCCGGGAGCUGCCACGUCUGAGAAUAGGGGAGAGUUACUUUGUAGCUAAGGAACCUCACUCGGUCUAGGAAAAUGGUGUCAGUAAUAAACACCGUGGACACUUCCCAUGAGGAUAUGAUUCAUGAUGCCCAGAUGGAUUAUUAUGGCACUCGUCUUGCUACUUGUUCCUCUGAUCGAUCUGUGAAGAUCUUUGAUGUGAAGAAUGGAGGGCAGAUCCUGAUAGCUGACCUGCGCGGGCACGAGGGUCCGGUUUGGCAGGUUGCGUGGGCCCACCCUAUGUAUGGAAACAUCCUGGCCUCCUGCUCCUAUGACCGAAAAGUAAUCAUUUGGAAAGAAGAAAAUGGGACCUGGGAGAAGACGUAUGAAUACACAGGGCAUGACUCCUCAGUAAAUUCUGUUUGCUGGGCUCCCCAUGACUUGGGGCUCGUGCUGGCAUGUGGCAGUUCGGAUGGAGCGAUCUCCAUUCUCACCUAUACUGGAGAUGGGCCCUGGGAAGUGAAGAAGAUCAGCAAUGCACACACAAUUGGGUGUAAUGCAGUGAGCUGGGCUCCUUCUGUUGUCCCUGGAAGCCUUGUCGAUCAGCCAUCAAGUCAGAAGCCCAAUUACAUUAAGAGAUUUGUGUCUGGUGGAUGUGAUAACUUAGUGAAAAUCUGGAGGGAGGAAGAUGGCCAGUGGAAAGAGGAUCAGAAGCUGGAAGCUCACAGUGAUUGGGUGCGGGAUGUGGCCUGGGCUCCUUCCAUUGGUUUGCCCACUAGCACCAUUGCUAGUUGCUCUCAGGACGGGCGGGUAUAUAUCUGGACAAGUGAUGAUGCUGCCACCAACUGUUGGAACCCAAAACUGCUGCACAAGUUUAAUGAUGUCGUUUGGCACGUGAGCUGGUCCAUCACAGCUAAUAUCCUGGCUGUGUCUGGGGGAGAUAACAAGGUGACUUUAUGGAAGGAGUCUGUGGAUGGACAGUGGGCCUGUAUCAGUGAUGUAAACAAGGGGCAAGGAGCCGUCUCCACCGUGACAGAUGGACAGUUGAAUGAGCAGUGACCAUCCAGAGAUGUCAUAAAAGUGUGUCCAUUUUAGUUUUGCCCAACACCAGUCCUUCAAGCUACUUUGGCAUCCAAGGGGUUAAUUCUACCUGGACAAUUUGCACAUGAUUUUUAACCCCUCAUGUGCACAGAGGACUGUACUUAAUGGCAGCAUAGGGAACUAAUUGUCAUUCGUAUUCUCUUUGGGAUUUUCUGGUCUCAGCAACAUAAAUUAUCUGCAAAGUGUUUCCUUCCUUUUUCACAGAAAGAAGAACAAUUGGAGUCAAAACCAAUUUCAGUGAUUAUAAGCUGCUUCCCCCAAUAUCAGUUCUUGUGUUCAGGGCAGACCCUUUAGCCACACAGGUAGGACCAUCCCCUUAUGCACAUGUGCUCCUUUGAUUGAAGGGGGGGGUCUUCUCUUUAUCUGCCCUGCUAGGCAAGUAUAGGGAGCUACUGUAUCAGAUGCUCAGAGAGAGCACUUCAUUCCAGUGACUCCCCUCCCACUUGCCUUAAAGUUUCCCCUUCACUAAAAAUGUAGGUUUGUUUUUCCAAAAAAAUGUUGUUCUCAAGCUGGAAUAAAGGUUUAUCUACAUAAUAAUUUCACAGAUUAAAAGAUAUGGUUUUUA